AUGUCGUUGAUCUCUGCGCAUCUCGAACAGAUCGGCUAUUCAUGCCAGGGCAUUAACGACCUUCCUUUCCCCCCACCGAAAAUCUUCACGAACGCCCUUCUUUCCAAUCAUGAUAUUACAUCCCUCAUCCGCGAUACCGAACCCCACGAGCGCGCACUCUUUUCUGUGCCACCACCUCCUCCACCGUCAACGACCCUCAAGCCCACCGAACCUGAGAAAAAGAAGUCCUCUGGUAGACGACAGACUGUCUUUAAUGUAGCUUCAGGCGAAGUGACCACGGGACCCCCACCACGAACGGGUACACAUCCUCGUCGACAAACUGCUGUGGCAGCUGUUUUGGGCGGUCAGAUGCACGAGGAACUACGGCGCGGGGAGUCAGACCGCAAGGGCGACGUAGACGUCAAUGUCCUCCUUCGUGGAGCGGAGAAGCUUUGCGGUGUAUAUGAACUACCUGGUGCGAGAGAGCGUAUUGCUACGUUGCGAAGUAAACAUGCGCACGGCAAGAAUACAGCGGCAUACUAUGAAGCACGAGUUCAAGAACAGGCUGAGCAGUUAGCCAGUCUCGAUCAUCGAGAUUACUUCGAUGAGGAAGAAGAGGAAGAAGACGAAGGUGAUGUGUGGACAGAGGAUGAUCUAAGACGAGAGGAGGAGGAAGCGAAGGAGAUGGAGGUUAAGAAGAGGGAACUGCAGGUGAGGUUGAGACAGAUGGAGAAGGAUCUGGGGGGACUGAUGAGGAUGUGA